GUUCGUGUGCGGAGCUACAGUGUUUACUAGACCAAGCACAUCAUGCGGAUGGUUGAAAAAAUGGUUUUUUUGGGGGAUUUUAACGAUAGCGUGGACUGACUAGGCUGAAAAUGUACACAGCUGUUGUUACCUCAGUCAACUUGACAAGCUUCCCAGUUGAAUUUACAAACUAGGUAGGUAGCCUGAGCUGUUGGUGUGCGUGAGGCUGCAGCAAGAAGUGAGUCAUCUUUAAGAACAGAACGCCGGGUCCGAGGUCCCUGGGGAGUGUUUUGUGUCUGAGGUCAUUGUGGGGUGGAAGGGAAGAUGACCUCCUUCCUGUACGAGUGCUUACGUGAGGUUGGAUUGCAGCGCUAUUAUGCGCAGUUCAGCAGCCUUGGCCUCAGUCACCCUGCCCAGCUGUCAAAGCUCACAAUGAGCGAUUACCCCCAACUGGGGGUACAUCCCAUGGAGGACCGGACUCGGCUUUUCUACCUGGUGCAGGUUAUGAAAGCCCUUGAUGAAGAGCAAAAUGAUGAAUGUGAAGAUCAUGGCGAUUAUGACGAAGAGCGAGGGGUAAUGGAUUUUCCUACUGCUCCACGAAGACGGUUAUAUUUUGGCCCCUCGUCUCCAGAGUCUCAGCUUGACAUUCUCGCUGAAGAUUGCAAAACCAACACAUCUGUAGAUGAGAGUCACACAAUGAGAUAUGCUGCCCAGAGAGACAAGGAGGCAGGUAGUUGUCACACUCCUGUUAUGACAGCGAACCAGAGGCGCAAGGCUUGCACUUCCACGGAGACUCCCAAGAGCACCUCCUGCAUUAACCGGGCCGCUAUGGGACGCCACAUCUAUAAAGACGGCGAAACACCCCAGAACAGAAAAACAAAGAAACAGGCUGGAUGCCUGAAAGAAAUGCACAGGAAGGUUCUGAUGCAACAGCAGUCUGCUCCAGUGUACAAGGUGAAACACAGUCAAGGUUACAACUAUGGUUUGCCAAACUCCUCUCCAGUUUCCUCUACAAGGUAUCCCAUGUUCUUCUUUGGACAUCUUUCGGAAUGCACUGAAUAA